AUAAAUAUGAGCCAUCUUGCUCGAUUUCCCCUACCCGGUUUUCUGCUUUCGAUUCUCUGUGUCGUCCGUUUGGAGGACCCUCUUUCAAUCUUCUAUCAUUUCCAAAACUGGGUUGCGUUUUUUCUUUGGCCUCAGUCUUUGAUCCGUCUUACCCAUCUGGGUUUGUUCUGAAUUUGUUUUUUCCGUGUUUCAGAAUUUUUUGGUGAGGGUCUGUUUCUCUGGUUCUUCAUUCUUCUGAGUUUUAGCAUUUCAAAAACUUGGUUUCAUUUUUUUUUUCCUUUGGCCUCUGUAAUCGAUCCAUCAUACCCAUCUGGGUUUGAUCACACUCUUCAUCCUGUUUUAUAGUUUGUGGAGAUUCGUUGUCUGUCAAUGGGCGCUUUGGAUGAGGGGCAUUUUAUUGGAACCCUUGAGAAUGGAGUGAAGCCAGAAUCUCUUAAGCUGGAUCUAGAACACGAAUCGGAGACUGCCGUCAUCGAGGACGCCGUCAAGGUUCUGUUGCAGGGUUUGGGAGAGGAUUCUAAUAGAGAAGGUCUCAAGAAGACUCCAGUUCGUGUUGCCAAAGCCCUUCGAGAGGGAACAAGAGGUUACAGACAGAAGGUAAAGGAUAUUGUGCAAGGUGCUUUGUUCCCUGAAGCUGGCCUGUAUAAUGGAGUUGGGCAUGCAGGAGGGGCAGGUGGACUUGUUGUUGUUAGAGACCUUGACCUCUUCUCCUACUGUGAAUCAUGCUUGCUACCGUUUCAGGUUAAGUGCCAUGUUGGUUAUGUUCCAUCUGGGCAGCGGGUGGUAGGCCUAAGCAAGCUCUCCAGGGUGGCUGAUGUCUUUGCCAAGAGACUUCAAGGCCCACAGAGACUGGCAAAUGAAGUCUGUUUGGCUCUACACAAUGCAAUCAAGCCAGCAGGUGUUGCAGUUCUACUUCAGUGUUGGCACAUUCAAUUCCCUGAAGUAGAAUGUAGUAAUGCAGAGCAAAGUAACCAUCUUACAGAAGUGGACAUGCCAGGGUGGGAGAAGAUCUCUGUGACUUCAGGGUUGGGAGUCUUUGAGAAUGAAAAGGGAGAUUGUUGGGUCGACUUCCUUUCUGUUCUGAAGUUCAGAGGUGUAAAUGUACAGAACAACAGUCAAUCUUCUUGGUGCCCAUGCAGGUCUCUGGAUGUGCUGACUUGUAAUGGUCAUACAAGCACGAGGAACUCCAGUUGUAGGGCUUCCACCAAUAUGGUGCCCACACAGCCUGCCAUGAUCACUGCAGUAACUACAAUUCUCCAGUCUUUGGGUGAAGACCCAUUAAGGAAAGAGCUUGUCGGAACCCCACAACGUUUUGUGCAUUGGCUGAUGAACUUUAAGAGAUCCAAUUUGGAAAUGAAACUGAAUGGUUUCUAUUCUAGUAGAAUGGGUUUGCUUAGCCUACAAACUUACAAUGGUAAUAUUAGUUCUAACCAGGAUGAGAUACAGUCUGUACUGAAUUUGCCAUUCUGGUCCCAAUGUGAGCAUCAUCUCCUGCCAUUUCAUGGUGUGGUACACAUAGGAUAUUUUCACCCUCAUGGAGCUGAUCCUGUUGGAAGAUCGACUUUGCAGUCAAUAACACAUUUUUAUGGUUGCAAACUCCAAGUACAGGAGAGGCUGACCAGGCAGAUUGCCGAAACAGUUUCCUCAAUGUUGGGAGAGGAUGUGGUGGUGGUAGUGGAAGCCAACCACAUUUGUAUGAUUUCUAGAGGGAUUGAGAAGGUGGGAAGUAGUACAGCCACAAUAGCUGUAUUGGGUCGAUUCUCAACUGAUCCUAAUGCUAAGGCAAUGUUUCUGCAAACUAUUUCGAAUAGUACUGGUUAUGGAAGGACAUAGUUGCAUCCCUCUGUUCCUAAUUUCUCCUAAUUUUCCCCCAUGAAGUUGUUAAUUACCCUUUUACUAGUGCUUGCAGUUGUGUAGGUUAUGCCAGGAAUAAAUCUCACAGAUUCUUUCAUGGGCAAAUGCACAGUGAUCUGGGUUUUUUGCCAAAUUUUUUACUGGUGAUCCAACAAUUACAUUCAAUAGAUGGAGUCAACAAGGAUAUGAUAGUUUAAGUUCUAUUUGCUCAAUUUUUUUCCCACUCAUCUUCCUGUAGGAUAUACCUUCCCAAAUGAGGAUGAAAGAGAAUUUUAUGACUUGUUAUCUCUGUAUGUUGCUUUGAUAUUGAAAUCGAGUUUAACAUCCUUGAUCACCAUUGCCAAGUGAUAUCAAGGAAUCAGCAUCCAGAGCAAAACAUGUCUCAACAAUUAACAGUUUACACCUGUCAUAAGAAGUAAGAUUAUUAUAACACAGCAAAAUACAAUAAUAAGAUUUCAAGAACUAUGAUAUGUAAAUCUACAACCGAAAAUCAUUAUCAAAUCUUACAGUGAAGACGAAUUUGGUAUUUGGUAAUUUCUCCAGAAGCAUCUAGCCUCUCCUCUGUUUUUGGGUGGUUUUCCUUUAUAAGAAAAUAACCUUGAAAAACCAUGAUAGAUAACUGGUAAUUUGGUAAUUUCUCCAGAAGCAUCAGCCUAAUGUUCUAAUAAAAGCACAAGGCACAAAAAAAAGUGCAAGGGUCAUUUUGCGCUUGAGGUGCAAGAUGUAAGGUGCAACCUGUUAUUGUCAAUCUUGACUUGUUCCUUCUUAUGCAUAUCUAAUUAGGGUGGAGGUGUUUCAGCCAUGUUGAACAGUUCAAUUGGACAUCAUGUUCUGGUGAGUUGUUUGGUACUUUUUUUCUUCUCUUCUCUGAAAAUUUCUGGUUUAUUUGAUGACUAUUAUUGACAUUUAAAAUUUUUGUUUUAUUUUAUUUUGGUCAUCCUUUAUCCCCUUUCAUCCUACUAGUGAAAAUGGUGCUACUCAACAGGUUUCUGCAAGUGAGCCCCUCUCAUCAGCAUUGAUCUUGUAAGAGAUGGCUCCCUAAACACCAAAUCAAUCGUCUUGCAAAUUGACAAGAAGUCUCAACAGGUUUCUGCAAGUGAGCCCUCCACAAGCUUACUCUACCAACUUAUACACAAGUGUGUUGACAGGGCUUUAUGAUCUUAGUUUCCAGUAUUAAGGGGGUUGUGUGAUAAAUAGUUAUUUAUGUACAUUUAUAUUGUUAUUUUUUUACUUCACAAUAGGCCUUGUUGAUUGUUUUAUUAAUGGCUAUGUGACAACUUUUCAUGCCAUAGGUGCUCUCUGGCAUUCUCUACAGGAUAGGCUAAGUAAGGACUCCUCUGGUAAGAGCUGUGAUGAAAUUUAGUUGAAGUUACGUACUAGUACA